UUCGCGGGUAGAGCAAAGCUCAUAAAUGGGCUUCACGGUCCUGCAUCCUCCGGUACUUGCCAGUUAACUACGAUACCUAUCGUCCGCAAGUCGGACUCUUAGUUGAUUUACUCUAAACCAGAGACAACCAGAUCAGAGUGAUUGUUUUACAACCGUGUUGAGUGUACGCGGUUUUGACAUUGGAGACGAAGCACUUCAUCCGCCAGCCGAUCGACCAUGUAAGUCCGACGGGCUGGUAAACGAAGAUGGCGCCAAACCUCUUGGGUAGUACAGCGACGCUGUUCCUCGAGGCGACGCAACAGGAUAUCAGACAAUCUAAAACGCCAGAAUCAGUUCCGUCAACGUCGAAAAGCACAGCGCAAACAGCGCAAACGAGAGACGAGCCCAAGUACAAGUGGAGAAUAGUUUGGCGGAACGUCAUAGCGUUCCUCUACCUUCACAUCGGAGCUCUUUACGGAUUCUACUUAUUUUUUGCCGGUGCAAAGUUUCUGACCCUGAUUUGGACGUUGGUGGUUGCUGCCCUUGGUGCUGUUGGUGUCACGGCCGGUGCUCAUCGUCUCUGGGCGCACAGAGCAUACAAAGCGAAAUGGCCAAUGCGUCUGAUUCUGAUGAUAUUCCAAACGUUGGCAUUCCAGAACCACCUCAGCGAAUGGGUUCGCGAUCACAGGGUCCACCAUAAAUUUACGGACACGGAUGCCGAUCCGCACAAUGCUAAAAGGGGUUUCUUCUUCUCGCACAUGGGAUGGCUGCUGGUCCGUAAGCAUCGGGACGUGAUCGAGAAGGGAGCGACAGUCGACGUGAGCGAUCUUGAAAGCGAUCCAAUAGUCGUCUGGCAAAGAAGGUUGUACGUCAUCCUCAUGCCUGUAUUCUGUUUCCUUAUACCAACCUGGGUACCUUGUCGUUUCUGGGGAGAAACUGGAAUGAACUCUUGGUAUUGCGCCACCGUUUUUCGCUACACUUUGUCACUGAACCUGACUUGGCUUGUCAAUUCGGCAGCCCAUAUUUGGGGCACUAAACCAUACGACGAUUCUAUCAGCCCGACGGACAACGUGCGCAUAGCGCUCGGAGCUUUCGGGGAAGGAUGGCACAACUACCACCACGUAUUCCCGUGGGAUUACAAAGCAGCUGAGCUCGGAAAUUACCGGGCAAAUUUCACGACCGCUUUCAUAGACUUCUUUGCGUGGCUUGGACAGGCCUACGAUUUGAAAACCGUGCCGCUUAAUAUGAUUAAGAAAAGGGCAGCCCGUACCGGCGACGGAACGAGGAUCGAUCGAGAUGAACAUUACGGGCACUCGCACGAAGGCGCGAUAUGGGGUUGGGGCGACAUAGACAUGCACACCGAGGACAUUCUUGAUGCUCAGAUAACAAACAAAACCGACUAGAAGAGGCUUCCUGGUUUGAUCGACGUCUGGGUUGCUUUGAUCUUUGUACAAUCACUGCGUUAUAUUCACGUCUCGCGUUAGUUUCUCAAUAUGAUACGAUACGGUAAUAUACGGUUACGUUCUGGGAAGAACGCUGCGAGAGAUCGGGUACCCGGCUGGGACGUAACAAUAUAUUGCUUGUAAUUGCUAUUCUGAUCUGAGUGUCUGAUACACUCGACGAUGACCGAUCGACUGCAGUCGAUGCAUGAAAUUUAAUUAAAUUUGACACGUACCAAAGAAUCGCGGCAAAACUACGCGAAAUAUAACAUCUUUAUUUAUUUUUUUCUUAUUAUUCAUUAAUGUCAAAACCACUUACAAGGUUUUGUUGUACUUUGACCGCAAAAUUUUAUAUCCAUUAUUCGGAAAUGGAUCGAUUGCAACGCAUCCAUUCAUUGCGUUUGCAUAUGCAUGAUUCGCGUCGUGAACCAAAAUUUGUUAAAGCUGAUCCCAACAAUGAGAUCAAUGUGUGUUAUUAUGGACAGUAUAACGACUGAAGUUGAGAAUAGAUUUAGCUACGC